GUGUCCCUACUGCGUACAGGGUCUAGCUGUAAAGAACUUAAAACAACUCAUUAUCCAAGAAGACAAUCAAGGUCCAAAAAGAGCAACCGGGUCAGCCGCGCCACACUUACCCUCCAACCCUCCCUGAAUCUUUCUUUUCAACUUGGAAGCUUGUUGAGUUAUUAGCCCAUCACUCAAAUGUUUCUAUCUUUUCAGCAUUCAUUGACCAAUAUUUGCAAUUGUGAAGAAUAUAUCGCAGUACCCAAUUCAAAACCAUUAUGAAUGAGAUAACAGCUCAGCCCCAGACUGAGCUUGUGAUCGAGCCAUCCAGUUAUAACACAACAACGCAAUCUCACUGUGAUCCUCCAGUUUCCAAAAAAUGUUCAUUAUCUUUCUCAUUAACUCCAGUCUUGACCAAGUUCCAUGCAGGUUACUUUAGGAUAAGCCUCUCUUUGUGCAGUCAAGCUUUACUAUGGAAAAUACUUGGAGAGCCACCCCAUAAUGCGCACGCCCUCCGGCAAGUGCUUUCCUUUCUGCCAUCUGCUGCUGUUGCUCUAUUAUGGUCAAUAGUUUCGUUCACUUUAGCCUUCCUUUCACUUCUUUAUAUCCUAAGAUGUUUUUUCCACUUUGAAAUGGUGAAAGCUGAGUUCUUGCACCAUGUAGGAGUGAACUACUUGUUUGCUCCUUGGAUUUCUUGGCUUCUGUUGCUUCAAUCAUCACCUUUCAUAACCCCAAAAUCAGUGUACUACAUAGUACUUUGGUGGGUUUUUGCAGUUCCCAUAUUGGUGCUUGAUGUUAAAAUAUAUGGCCAAUGGUUUACCAAAGGAAAACGCUUUGUAUCGGUGGUGGCGAAUCCCACAAGUCAAAUAUCGGUGAUAGGGAACUUGGUGGCUGCUCGAGCUGCAUCCCAAAUGGGGUGGAGAGAAUUUGCAAUUGGCAUGUUCUCAUUGGCCAUGGCUCACUAUCUUGUGCUCUUUGUUACUCUAUAUCAAAGAUUAUCAGGGAGCACAAGCUUGCCAGCGAUGCUAAGGCCAGUUUUUUUCUUAUUCAUUGCAGCACCAAGCAUGGCAAGUUUAGCCUGGGUUGCCAUUUCAGGGACUUUUGACAAUGCUUCAAAGAUGCUCUUCUUCCUCUCGCUAUUCCUCUUCUUGUCAUUGGUUUCAAGGCCGACCGUCUUCAGAAAAUCCAUGAAAAAGUACAGUUUAGUGUGGUGGGCUUACUCUUUUCCUCUUACUGUCUUGGCACUGGCAUCAGUAGAGUAUGCAGAAGAGGUUAAGAGUGGCAUGGCUCAUGCGUUGAUGCUUGGGUUAUCAGCACUCUCAGUUCUUGUUAUUCUUGCUUUAAUGGUGUGCUCUGUUAUCAAUACAAGCAUGCUUGUACUGGACAGGCUUCGUGUUUCAACUACUAGUCGUCCUAACAGCGAUAGCUAGCCAAAUGACUCUGUUCAAACAUUAUCCCCAUCCUCUGGUUUGUAGUGUAAAUCACGAAAGUCACAAAUUUGUGUUUAAUUGGACCAUUUAAGUGUCA